AUGGCCCUGUGUCUGAAGCAGGUGUUCUCCAAGGACAAGACAUUCCGGCCACGGAAGCGCUUCGAGCCAGGUACACAGCGCUUUGAGCUGUACAAGAAGGCGCAGGCCUCGCUCAAGUCCGGCCUGGACCUGCGCAGUGUGGUGAGGCUGCCACCUGGCGAGAGCAUCCAUGACUGGAUCGCGGUGCAUGUUGUGGAUUUCUUCAACCGCAUCAACCUCAUCUACGGCACUAUGGCAGAGCACUGUAAUGAGACCAGUUGUCCAGUCAUGGCAGGUGGACCCCGCUACGAGUACCGCUGGCAGGACGAGCGUCAGUACCGGAGACCAGUGAAGCUCUCCGCGCCUCAUUAUAUGGCGUUGCUCAUGGAUUGGAUCGAGGGCCUCAUCAACGACGAGGAAGUCUUUCCCACGCGCAUUGGAGUUCCCUUCCCUAAGAACUUCCAGCAGGUCUGUACCAAGAUCCUGACCCGCCUGUUCCGAGUCUUUGUCCAUGUCUACAUCCACCACUUUGACAGCAUCCUCAGCAUGGGGGCAGAGGCACAUGUCAACACCUGCUACAAGCACUUCUAUUACUUCAUUCAGGAAUUCAGCUUGGUGGACCAGAGGGAACUGGAACCACUGAGGGAGAUGACAGAGCGGAUCUGCCACUGA